UUGAAAAUGGACUUGCUAGAGGGCCUUGAAUCUCUGCAGUUUGAGUAUGGGAUGGAAGAGGAAGACCGCAGCUGGCUGUAUUUGCAGGGUCGUUCUCGGGGGCUUAUGAUCAAGGCCUGUGCCCACGCAACCUUCUUCUGCAAGCUCCUCUAUAAUUUGAGGAAAUCAUUACCUAAGAAGGAAACUUCCAGACGUCCCUUGAGUAGAUCUCUUGACAACACUCCUGAUGAUGAUGAGUUCAAGGUGGGCAUCAUUGGAGGCGGCCACCUCGGGAAGCAGCUGGCUCGUGUACUCCUUCGGCUUGUCCCCAUUCCUGUUCAGAAGCUGCGGAUCUCCACUCGGAGGCCAGAGGCCCUGGAUGAGUUCCAGAAACUGGGAAUCCAGUGCUCUUACAAUAACUCUCGUCUGGUGAAUUGGGCCAACGUGAUAUUCCUCUGCUGCCUGCCGUCUCAGCUGUCUAAUAUCUGCUCAGAAAUUCAAACCAGCCUUGAAAAAGCCUGCAUUGUGUACAGCUUUGUAGCUGCCGUCCCAAUACCCAGGUUGAAACUCCUAUUGAACCACACCAAUAUCUUGCGGCCUCAGUAUCAGUGUUUUGAAGGUUUUGUCAACAUCUGGGGGGCCAAUAAAGAAAUCGUAGCUGCUCUCCAAGAUCCUUCGAUUCUUCAGGCUACCUGCCCCUACGAUCCUACUGGGGGAAUAACCCUCAAUAUCAAGUGGCUAGAGGGAGUAUUCUAUGCAAUGCUAAACAUCUGCACGGCAACGAACAUGCCCCACCCAAAUGCGCUGCAGCUUCUGAAUGAACUGUUCCUCUCUGUGCACUUCGAGGGCUGUGAGAAAGACAGAGAAUCUUGCCCAAAAUUUAAAUUAAAAGAUGUUGUCAGCAAAGUCUAUGCCAAUAACCUGUCUCAGGGAAGGCCUUUCCCCUGGUUUGAUCUGACUGCUGUUCAACUCAGGGAAACUCCUUUUAGCCAGCAUCUCUUAACCAGUACUGUGCUCCGGGACCACCUUACCCAUCUAUACUGUGACUUAUUUGGCAUCUCCCUAACCAAAGAACAACAGCCAGUGGUUUCCAUGGGUUCUCCCACCCAAUAAGACAGUGACCUCAGGAAUCAGGAUUUUUUUCCUCCCUCUACAAUGGUUGUGACCUUGUUAUCACAAUUGACAGUGAGAAACAUGUGACUGUAUGGUGUUUGCCAUAGGUUAGGCACUAAGGAAUUAGAACAUUGUACUGAUAGCUCUUUAAAAGGUAGAAUAAAACAAGAGGUCCUUUACAUUGGUAUAUUUUUGUGCAUCUGGCUUUUAGAAGUAACCAAAUGAAAUUACAUAACUUGACAAAUUUAAGUAAGCUGCUUCCCCAGGAAAGCCUUUUUAAUACAAAUUAUCUCUCUUCUAAAAGCUAAAUUCAAGAAGUUAUAAUGUCAUUAUUAGAGUUACAUAUUGCAGCUUCUUUUCCUGUAGCAGUAUGUAGCUGACAAAUGAUAGCUUUAUUUUCCUAUUAUUUUAGCUAGAGGAGUAAAAUGUGUGGUAAACAAUUAAUUAUGACUCAUUUCAUGCAUACUUUAGCUAUAUAUGUUUUCUGGUACUAUCUUAUUUAAAGUUGUUUCCAUUUAAAGCAUUUAACCCCCCGCCAAAAAAAAAAAAAACCAACU